GCAUACUUCUAGCUACGUUACGGUUUCCGAGUUGUGUGCUGGUUUCUUUUCGUCUAUUUGUUUGUUUCGUUGGGUUACCACCUAGAAGCAGUUCAAAACCUACCAACAUAAUUUAUUACUACUAACUCCGAACGCGAACACCAGGACAAUAGUACUAGAAGUUGAGGUUCAGUGAAUCUGAACGAUAUUGAGAAGUAACAGGUUGGUAUUGUAGAAGUAGAAGAACUCUUUCCAAAAAUGUUGAUGCAGCAUAUUGGCCGAUUGUGCGUCGCUAUGGCGCCAUUGGGCGUCGUGGCCCAUUACCAAGGACAGCUCAUUGGCCACAAACGGGGAGCCUUGUCACCUUAUGAAGGUAUGAAUAUGUAGUAUGAGGUCCGCCGAGCAUGAGGUGCGCUGUUCCCACGUAUCGUCUCAGGACGUGGUGGCGCAGUCACUGCAGCCGCGAGCCCGGUCAACGUUGGUUAACGCAUUAGGUUUUCGCAGCGAUUGCCGUCGUGCUUAAUCGUUUGCGUAGUUUUAGAUGCCUAGCCGUCGUGCUUCAUGCUUUUCGCGGGGUGGAAGUAAAUAAGUAGGCGAGAAUUGUCGACCCAGGUAACAAAAAAUUAUCGGGGAGGCCCCCUGAUUGAAUGGAUAAGUGUAGUAGUUGUACACUGCAGUAAUAACAAGUGGAAGUUGUAAUAAAAGCUAGUAGUUUUGUUUUUUUUGGUUUGAUAUGUACACUAGCUACUUUUUGAAAUUGAACAAUCACGUUCAUCUUUUAACGAUCAUCUUCUUCUCUUUCUCAUCUUCUAACGUAAUUCGAGUUUCGUGGAUCCGUCCUUGAUUGCUGCGAGUAUGCGACAAAGUCAAGGUCCUGCCUAUAUAACUGGUAACGCUGGUGAUACCGAUAAGAAGACCUACAACGUUUCCACUCCGAACCAUUUCGUUGUAUGAAAAAGGGACUAACUAAGUAUUGAAAUUGUGUUUCUUUUUCCUUUUCCAUCCUUGCUGUGAAAAUAUUCGAUAAAAAGGAUGAUCGAUUGUAGCAAAUAAGCUUGUCCUUUAGAUAGAAGAACAUGAUCGCAUGAAGAAAAUCUAAAUCCUAUCCUAUCGUAAAAGUAAAUGAAAAUCCUUUUAUCAACAUCCUUUCUUGAUAAAAAAAAAUCGAAAAAUAUUUCCCACUCUUGAUUCCUCGAAUUGAAUUCUAGUAGUAGUACUUCUAUUGUCCUCUCUUAUUGCUGCAAUAUGCGGGUCAAAAUUGCGGCCUCGGUGACGACCUUUCGGUGUACAUGCCUGGAGGCAAUGCCACGCAGAACCUCGUCACCCUCUUCAACGCAACCGACAGCGAGGUCGAUCAUCUGUUAUGAGAAAAGCGUAAAGGUUGUCCUUGUCAAGUACUGUGCAGUUCCUGCUCGAUCAAGGACUUUCGUAUAACAAAAGUAUAAUUUUUGUGAUCAGAAAGGGCCUCCUUGAUAAAACCCGAAUGUAAUCUCAACCUCCUCCCAUUCCUUGAAGACAGAAAUAAGCUCAAUGAAGACCCUCCGAUGUCAAUAAGAUUGAACUUAUUUUCUUACAUCAAUCAAGCAAUCGAUGAAUCCACUAUCGAUGUCUUUCAUACUCGACAAAAUGUGCACGCAAAUGUGCUCAGUUUGAUACGGAUGGGGUGAAUGGAUGCGGCGGUUUCGUGUACGAAAAAGAAGCCGUCACAGGCACAGGUGCAAAACUCACUGGAGUGCAGUUAUGAUGGACAAAGUCAAAGGUGCUAGUUCUUAUAAGUGAGGGUGAGGGUGAGACAGUAGAUAAACGUAAGAUUUGAUAGGGAUAGGUAGUUAGCACCAGUCGUGAUAUGAAGAUGUAGAUUUAAAUAUUUAUAAGAUUUGAUAGGAAUAGGUAGUUGACAUUGAUAGAUAAGAAGUUGACAGUGAUAAGAAGUUGACAUUGUCAAUUGUUAUUCCGAUUAGAAAUGGGUCUCUCAACCCCGGUUCGAGUACGCUGUGCCUCUCUCCGCCUCCUUCUAAGCCUCGGUUCGUGUACGCUGCGCAGGGGACCGAUAAACAUGACCGCAUGUAGUGGCGAAGCCUCAGCUCACACCUACACGCGCAUGCAAGCGGAGGUCACUUUCUCGUAGUUAAGGCUGAAUCCAUCUUCCACUGCCUGUUAGUUAAGACUAACAAAUCCAUCUUCCACUUCUUGCGGAUAGUUAAGACUGCGUGUUAGAGUUGCCGCAACUUGUACUGCGGCACGUUUGUCAGGCUCUUCAGCAGCCGCUUAAGUCUACCACAUCGGAUGGUAGGCCCCAACCUAACCUAACCAUCUUCCACUUGCGGAGCAACAUCAAUCUUGGUCCUCCCGUCUUUUUUUCAAAGGAGGGAGAUAAAAGAUUUAACGGGAAACUUGGUCCUCCCGUAUUUUUUGAAGCGAGUAAUUCAACUAAUAAACGCGACAAGUAGGUGGGAGGACCAAGAUGCUGAUUCCCAAUAUGGAUUUGCGGAUGUUCUAAGUUUGGACUCAUCUUUGAGUAGUAGUGAAGAAAGUAGCAGUGACGAGUCUCUUCACAGAGAAAGACGGCUCUUCUAGAGGACGGGAGGAGGAGAAGGUGGAGUAACUACAAAAGGCCAAGCCAAUGGGCAACAGAUGAACAUUUUUCUCAGACAAGUCAAGACUGUAAAAAGCUAUUACACAACAGGUGGAACGGUUACAAAUACAAUUUCAUCUUCCUACAACUUCUAGGGACCCGCACUACAACAAACAUCAAGAACUAAUAGAUAUAUGUGAGUAAGAUGACUAAGACUAUGUAAGACCACUGCACUCGUUUCGUUGUUGUUUCCGUUUCCAUCGCGAUUAUCUCCGUUCUUUCAUUCGAACUAUUUACUUUGUCUUUGGCUCCAAGUCCAAGGAAGUGAUAAGUAUUACGACACCAGUAUUCGUAGAAUUUGUGCAGAUUUUCAGUCAUUUUUGUUUCAACAGUCAUUUUUCCAAUCAGUUUCGAUUCAACGCACAAGAGCAAGAACCAAGAAGUUGUUUCGGGUGCUAGAAAUAAUGAACAAGAAGACGAAGACCUAAAAUUUGUCUAGAACUAGAAAAAGUUGUACAAGAUCAUAAAGUCAUGUUGUACAGAUACGAGAACAGACGAUGACGAUGAGCCGGACUUCAUACUAGACAGGGAAGAAGAUGAACAAGAAGAAAAACAUGGAUAUUAACAAUCAGGAUCAUUCAAGUUCAUCAACAUCACACAUAAUUAUACGAAAUCGUCAUUAAGAAUCAGAAAGAGCGGCUCAAGAAGUUGCGUCGCUCCUCUAUCUACUCACCUUCUUCCCUACUCACCUCCUGGAGCAUAUGAGGGAUUGGGAAUCCCGAAAAGCAAGCAGAUCCUAACAAUUCAAAGCUGACACUCAAAGCGUGGGAGCAACUUCGUGAGGACGCAAAUUCUUGACUAACGACAGAGAG